AUGGUAAUUGUGAAAAAGCCAAAUGGAACUUACCGAAUUUGUGUUGACUACACCCCGUUGAACAAAUUCGUAGAAAGGGAACUUCAUCCUAUGCCAGUCACAGACCAUGUCAUCGCUCAGAUAGGCGUCUCCAAGUACUUCUCAAAGUUGGAUGCGAAUUCUGGCUACUGGCAGUUUCAGCUUACCGAAGAGUCGCAAUUACUUACGACCUUCAUUACUCCCUUUGGUCGCUUCAAGUUCACAAGGUUACCGUUUGGGAUAUCAUCAGCACCCGAGUUUUUUCAGAAGAAGAUGGCUCAUAUCGUCUCGGGCUUAGAUGGAGUCGUCUGCAACAUGGAUGACAUCCUUGUUCACGCGAAGACAAGAGAAGAGCACGAUGACAGAGUACGCAAGGUUCUCGCUCGAUUGCAAGACUAUGGGGUGACCUUGAACAAAGACAAGUGCGUCUUCGGUGUUCAACGAGUAAAGUUCUUGGGUCAUAUCAUCGACCAAGAAGGAAUCCAUCCAGAUGACACAAAAGUGAAGGCCAUUCAAGAUAUGAAGCCUCCCACGUCUCUUACGGAACUAAAAAGUUUUCUUGGAAUGGUGAACUACCUCGGAAAGUUUAUUCCUCAUCUGGCUGAUGUUGUGAGCCCGUUAAACGCUUUAUUAAGUUCCAAGUCGCAGUGGGUUUGGACAGAAGCACAACAGCGAGCAUUCAAGACCGUCAAGACGUUGCUAACGACAAGUCCGGUUCUGGUCUUCUUCGAUCCGAAGAAAAGGACAGUUGUUUCCGCUGAUGCUUCGUCAUAUGGACUUGGGGCGAUUCUUCGACAGUUGCAACCUGAUGGGACGUAUCGACCUGUCGCAUAUGCUUCACGAAGUCUCACAGACACGGAGAAGAAGUAUGCUCAGAUAGAAAAGGAGGGACUCGCCAUUGUGUGGGCAUGCGAUAAGUUUCGGGAUUACAUCACGGGGAUACACAUCACUAUCGAGACCGAUCACAAGCCCUUAAUUCCAAUCUUCAUGAACAAACCUUUGGACGACAUAACCCCUCGUCUACAAAGGAUGAAGCUGAAGCUGAUGCGGCACUCUUGUGAUUUGGUUCAUGUCCCAGGAAAAUCUCUAGUAGCGGCCGACGUUCUCUCGCGAAGCCCGCUUCCGGACAUUGAAGACAGUGGGUUGGAGGAUGAGCUGGCGGCUUACGUCAGGGGAAUCGUCACCUACUUUCCUGCGACAGAUCAGAGAUUGUCCCAAAUCAAGAAGGCGCAAUACGAAGACACUUCGUGUCAGAUGCUGUCGAAUUACCUUCAACAAGGCUGGCCAGACAAAACACUUGUUGACUCGAGCUGUAAGAACUACUGGCAAGAGAGGUUUAACCUUUCUCUCGACGACGGACUUCUCAUGAAAGGGUCCCGAAUUCUUAUCCCCGUCGCCAUGAGAAGAGAGAUACUCAACAAGAUCCAUGAAGGGCAUGCCGGGAUCACAAAGUGCAGGGAAAGAGCCAGGCAGACAGUUUGGUGGCCUGGAAUUUCUAAGGAUAUCGAGGAUGAUGUUCGAAGAUGUCCGCGCUGUGUCCAGGAGUCUACCAAUAGGCAUGAGCCUUUGAUGCCUUCGCCGUUCCCAGAGCGCCCAUGGCAGAAGGUAGCGGUCGAUCUUUUCUACCUUAGUGGCAAGUGGUUCCUGCUGGUAACGGAUUAUUAUUCAAGAUAUCCGGAACUGGCUCCUUUGACCAACUUAACAAGUUCAGCGGUCAUCGAUCACCUGAAAUCCAUAUUUGCCAGGCACGGAACGCCAGAAGUACUCAUCAGCGACAAUGGACCACAAUUUCGGAGACUAGUGGGCAGUGACUUUGCUACAUUCGCGAAAGAGUGGUCAUUUGAACACAGGACUUCUAGUCCACGUUUUCCACAAAGCAACGGCUUCGUCGAAGCCGCUGUCCGUGUCACCAAGCUCAGUCUCAAAAAGUCGGACGAUGCGUAUAAAGCUCUUCAGAGCUACCGCGCUACGCCAUUAGGAAAUGGUUUCAGUCCGGCUGAGCUACUUAUGGGUCGCCGUCUUCGCACGUCGCUUCCUACCGCCGCGUCGCUGUUAAGUCCCAAGACACCAGAUCGGAAUCAGUUGCGUCAAUGGGAAGAGCGUCGCAUUGAAAUGCAAAAAAGAAACUAUGAUCGACAUGGUGUGCGAACCUUACCACCCCUACGGCAAGGCGAGAGGGUAUGGAUAACGGACACCCGAUUAAGUGGCGUGGUUCAGGCACCAGCAGCAGCGCCUCGGUCCUACAACAUUCAGAUGGACGAUGGGGUACUCCGUAGGAACAGAUUUCACUUGAUACCUGUACCGUCACCCUCCUCUGAUUGCCCCCAAAAAGGUCCUUCUGCAGAGACUUUGGCAGCUCCCACGUCCGACUCUCGUCCCCAGGAACUCGGAGGAGGAACAGGCCCUGGGCCUGAGCGUGUUGUCUCCGCUAGGUCGUCGUCUCGGGAAGUUUCACAAGCUGGUUCGUCUGACAGUUCCGGCCACCAACCGGGAGACCACCCCCCACAUAACCCAACAGGAAUGACUACUCGCAGCGGCAGAGUGGUGAAGCCAGUGAAAAGACUUCAAGUUGGAUUUGAAUGA